AUGUUUGAGACCAGCAGCGACGACUUGUUCCUGCCUACGUACCAUGAAGAUGUGGCGAACAAGCUGCUGUCCAUUGAGGAAACUGGGGGAGAUUGUGGUCUGUCCCUCGCCAAAGCCCUGCUGCCUUUGGUGGAGUCCUCCCCCCCUCUCCUCCCUUUCGUCUGCUCCACUCGCUACAAGACUGAGCUGUGCACCAGCUACUCUGCCUCGUCCAGCUGCAAGUACGCUGAGCGCUGUCAGUUUGCCCAUGGCCUGCAUGAGCUCCAUGUACCCUCUCGACACCCCAGAUACAAGACUGAGCUGUGCCGAAGCUACCACACCACUGGCUAUUGCUACUAUGGCAGCCGCUGUCUGUUUGUGCACAAACCUGAGGAGCAGAGGCCGUGCCAGCGCCGCAAGAAGUACGUCCCCUGCCGUACGUUCAGAGCGUUUGGUGUCUGUCCCUUUGGCACCCACUGUAACUUCAUGCAUAUUGAGGGAGAGCUCGGCGGUAGUCUUGCUGACUCUCAUUGCAUGGAGAAGGCUCUUGAGAGUCCUCGUCCAGUUAGUCCCCAAGUGCCGCCCCACUCCAAGGACUGGAAGCCCAGAGGAGCACUCUGCCGCACUUUCAGCUCUUUUGGCUUCUGUCUGUAUGGCACUCGCUGUCGCUUCCAGCAUGGCCUUCCCAACAAGAUCUCUCGUGCAGAGCCCAGUCCUGGCCCUUUUGGCCUUGGGUUAUCCCAGGGCAGCAGUGGGCUGCCCUCUCCCUGGUUCUCACAAUCUUCAAGCUCUUCAACCUCCUCUUCACCACCCUCCACUUCCCCUCUCACAACCCCAAGUCCAGAUGCCACUGCGAACAACGCCUUCACCUUCUCCAGCCAGCACCUGAGUGAGCUGCUGCUUCCCCUCGCCCUGCACCUGCAGAAACUGGAAAGCACAAAGGCCCAGGAGAUCUGGGACAACCGGGCGCUCUAA